AUGCGCGAGCCACGUCUUGGCGGGAUCAGGGCUGCACAAGUUUUAGGGGGACGGCUUGACUGGAGUCGUUUCUCUCAAGCUGAAGAACGUCUUUCGCAAAGUUGCGCGAGCCCAAAGUCUCAGCAGGUCGAGAACGACCAACGAGGGAAUGCGCGCAAGUUGCUGUGGGCCCCCCCUUGCCAAGAACACCCCGCCCUCAGCCAAUCAAAUUUCUCUAUUGUAUAUGGAAAGCUAAGCGUUUAUUGCAUCCGGAUCUAUGUGGUCCUCGUUUGA